AUGCCUUUCAGAUUGAGCAUUCUAGGCCUGGCGUUGGCCUUGGUCCCCUUCGUCAGUGCUGUAUUGAAUUCAAGCUCGUCCUCAAAUGUUGCUGUAUACUGGGGACAAAACUCGUAUGGCCAAGGCACGGGCCCUUUUGCGCAGCGUAACCUCGCCUAUUACUGCUCGAACACUGAAGCCAACAUCAUCCCUGUUGCCUUCAUGAACGGCAUUACUCCUCCUAUCACAAACUUUGCCAACGCUGGAGACAACUGCACCGCAUUUAGUGAUAACAUCUAUCUUCUAAACUGCACCCAGAUUGCCAAUGACAUCAAGACCUGCCAAAAGACCUAUGGCAAGACGAUUCUACUGUCACUCGGGGGUGCCACCUAUACCCAGGGAGGAUGGUCGUCCAUAACCGAGGCUCAAAACGCAGCACAGGCAGUGUGGGACAUGUUUGGCCCCUCAACUAAUGCACAAGUUGACCGGCCCUUUGGCGACGCUGUCGUUGAUGGUUUUGAUUUCGACUUCGAGACAACAACCAAUAAUCUCCCGGCAUUCGGCGCAAAGCUUCGCAGCCUCAUGGAUGCCGCUAGUGGCAAAAAGUACUACCUGUCUGCUGCCCCCCAGUGUGUCUUUCCCGACGCUGCUAAUGGGGCAACGCUUAACGCCGUUCCAUUUGACCUAGUGAUGGUGCAGUUCUAUAAUAAUUGGUGCCAAACCUCCAACUUCCAGGUCGGUUCCACUACCCAGAAUGCCUUCAAUUUCGAUGUGUGGGAUAAAUGGGCCAAGACCAGCCUAAAUUCCAACGUCAAGGUCUUUUUGGGCAUUCCAGCCAAUGCGGGCGCCGCUGGCUCUGGCUAUACAGAUGGGUCCCAGCUUAAGGCUGCGAUUGCUUAUUCAAGGCAAUAUAGUAACUUUGGAGGAGUCAUGAUGUGGGACAUGUCGCAGCUUUACGCCAACAGCGGUUUCCUUGACCAGGUUGUCAGUGACCUCACUGUCACUGUCCCUCCGGUUACGACUACAGCUACAGGUACAUCGAUGACCACAACAACUUCAAGCACCAGACCGAUUCCGAGCGGAGGCCUAGUUGCGCAGUGGGGUCAAUGUGGUGGCAUCGGGUAUACCGGUCCUACUCAGUGCCAGCCACCAUAUAAGUGCGUUUUAGGUGGUCAGUACUGGUCUUCUUGCCAGUGA